AUGUUUCCGACAACGGAGUGGCUAUCUGAAGCCCUUCAGACACUGAACGCUUAUGAUAACAAUGUCCUCGUCGACUUCCCUGAGAUAAACUAUUACAUGCUACCGGAAACCCUACGCAUGAUUUUCCAAGUGAUCAACAACAAGAAAUUUGGCGAGGAUCUCCAACGAAUGCAAAAAUGGGUCAAAAACGUCGUACAUAGCGUCAAUGCCUCUUUUGCGGAUCGGCUAUAUUCUAUUCUGACUGUGGAGGACAACAUUUAUGAAAAGACCUUCCAUGCAGACUACAAUGUUGAGGCGAACAUCACUCUCCGUUCCUUGAUGUCACUUAGUGGAGAGAACUGGCUGGACGACGAAGCGAUCAAGGCGAUACUGACUUUUUUCUCUCGUGGCUACGGAAACGGAGGAAAAUACGUUUUUAUUCCCCCUUCAUGGAGAUGGGGUGCCGCUAUAGCUUCAGCUACAAAAAAGCAUAUUGCCAGCAAAAAGACUGAAAAAGUGUUCGCCAUUGUAUACAUAGGGGUGUGGUUUAUAUCGACCUCAAGGCUCACAGUAUCGGCUUUGGAGACUCAUUAG